GGGGGCGCCGGCCGCGCCGCGCCGCCCCGCACCGUGCAGCAUGGCGGCGGCGGGCGCCGCGCAGCCCCAGGCCGGGGCGGUCGCCGCCGCCAGCGCUGCGGCGGAAGAAUCGUCGGACAGCGAGCCGGAGCAGGAGCCGGGCUCCCCGCAGAAACUCAUCCGCAAAGUCUCUACGUCCGGGCAAAUCCGUCAGAAGACUAUCAUAAAAGAGGGGAUGCUGAUGAAACAGACCAGCUCCUUCCAGCGCUGGAAGAGGCGAUAUUUUAAGCUGCGAGGACGAACGCUCUACUAUGCAAAAACUGCUAAGUCCAUUAUUUUUGAUGAGGUGGAUCUGACAGAUGCCAGUGUGGCAGAAUCCAGCACUAAAAAUGUCAACAACAGCUUCACGAUUAUCACUCCAUGUCGGAAGCUCAUCCUUUGUGCUGAUAACAGAAAAGAGAUGGAAGAUUGGAUUGCAGCACUGAAGACUGUACAAAACCGUGAACAUUUUGAGUCUACCCAGUAUAGCAUGGACCAUUUCUCAGGGAUGCAUAACUGGUACGCCUGCUCACAUGCUCGGCCAACGUACUGCAAUGUGUGUCGGGAGGCGUUAUCUGGAGUCACAUCACAUGGGCUCUCAUGUGAAGUGUGCAAGUUUAAAGCCCACAAGCGGUGUGCUGUGCGGGCAACCAAUAAUUGCAAGUGGACAACUCUGGCCUCUAUUGGGAAGGAUAUCAUUGAGGAUGAAGAUGGGAUCUCAAUGCCACAUCAGUGGUUGGAAGGAAACCUGCCUGUGAGUGCCAAAUGCACUGUGUGUGAUAAAACCUGUGGCAGUGUCCUACGUUUGCAAGACUGGCGCUGCCUUUGGUGCAAAGCCAUGGUACACACAGCAUGUAAAGAGUUGUUGCCAAACAAGUGCCCUCUUGGGCUGUGCAAAGUAUCUGUCAUUCCUCCUACUGCUCUUAACAGCAUUGAUUCAGAUGGUUUCUGGAAAGCUACUUGUCCCCCUUCUUGCACAAGCCCUUUGUUGGUCUUUGUCAACUCAAAAAGUGGAGACAACCAAGGCGUAAAAUUUCUACGAAGAUUCAAACAGCUACUGAAUCCAGCCCAGGUCUUUGACCUCAUGAAUGGAGGACCUCACCUUGGUUUACGUUUAUUCCAGAAAUUUGACACUUUCCGGAUUCUAGUGUGUGGUGGAGACGGAAGUGUUGGCUGGGUUCUCUCCGAAAUUGAUAGCCUCAAUCUUCACAAGCAGUGCCAGCUGGGAGUGCUACCUUUGGGAACAGGGAAUGACCUUGCCCGUGUGUUAGGCUGGGGGUCUGCUUGUGAUGAUGAUACCCAGCUCCCGCAGAUCCUGGAGAAGCUGGAGAGGGCCAGUACCAAAAUGCUGGACAGGUGGAGCAUCAUGGUGUAUGAAACCAAACUCCCUCGCCAGGCCUCCACUUCCACAGUCACUGAAGAUUUCAGUGAGGAUUCUGAGGUGCAGAAGAUUCUCUUCUAUGAAGACUCUGUGGCUGCUCAUUUGUCCAAAAUUUUGACUUCUGACCAACACUCAGUGGUCAUCUCCUCAGCCAAGGUGCUUUGUGAGACAGUGAAGGAUUUUGUGGCUCGAGUAGGGAAAGCCUAUGAAAAGGCAACGGAAAGCUCAGAGGAAUCAGAGGUCAUGGCCAGGAAGUGCUCUGUCCUGAAAGAGAAGCUGGACUCAUUACUGAAGACACUGAAUGACGAAUCUCAAGCAUCUUCAUCUCUGCCAAACCCUCCUCCCACCAUUGCAGAGGAAACCGAAGAUGGUGAUGGGUCAGGCAGUGCUUGUGAUUCUUCUAGCGACCGGUCGGUGGGCUCGUCAUGUACGGCAAGGCCCCAGAUAUUUCGUCCCCGAGAACAACUCAUGUUGAGAGCCAACAGCUUGAAAAAAGCCAUUCGUCAGAUAAUAGAGCAUGCAGAAAAAGCUGUAGAUGAGCAGAAUGCCCAGACCCAGGAGCAAGAGGGCUUCCUCCUUAGUCUCUCAGCCUCUGAAGAGGGCAAGGAGCUGAGGAACGAGGAUAAAAUCUCCCUGCAGUCAUCACACAGCAGCAGCUAUGGAGUGUCCAAGGGGAGAAGCCAGCGGAAAGUGUCCAAGUCUCCUUGUGAAAGACUAAUAAACAAAGGAAGUUUGUCACUGGGCAGCUCUGCAUCUCUUCCUCCCCAGACAGGAAACCGGGACAACUUGCCAAUGCUGAACACAAAAAUCCUCUACCCGAAUAUCCGUGCCGGCAUGUCUGGUUCUUUGCCUGGGAGCUCUGUAAUCAGCCGAUUGUUGAUCCAUGCUGAUCCCUUUAACUCUGAGCCUGAAAAUCUUGAAUGUUACACAGAGAAGUGUGUCAUGAAUAAUUACUUUGGAAUUGGACUGGAUGCAAAGAUUUCUUUGGAUUUCAACAACAAACGUGAUGAGCACCCAGAGAAAUGCAGAAGUCGUACUAAAAACAUGAUGUGGUACGGAGUAUUGGGGACCAAGGAGCUGCUACACAGAACAUAUAAAAACCUGGAGCAGAAAGUCUUGCUGGAGUGCGAUGGGAGGCCAAUCCCUUUGCCCAGUCUCCAGGGAAUUGCCGUACUCAACAUUCCCAGCUACGCAGGAGGCACCAACUUCUGGGGGGGAACCAAGGAAGAUGAUACAUUUACAGCCCCCUCCUUUGAUGACAAGAUUUUGGAGGUGGUGGCAGUGUUUGGUAGCAUGCAGAUGGCAGUGUCACGAGUGAUAAACCUACAGCAUCACCGGAUUGCACAGUGUCGGACGGUGAAGAUAGCAAUCCUGGGAGAAGAGGGAGUUCCCGUGCAAGUGGAUGGAGAAGCCUGGAUCCAGCCACCGGGUUACAUUUGGAUUGUUCAUAAGAACAGAGCACAGACCCUCACCCGAGACAGGGCAUUUGAGAGCACCCUGAAGUCCUGGGAGGACAAACAGAAGUGUGAGUUGUCCCGACCCUCCUCUUUCUCUCUGCAACCAGAGAUCAUGUCCGAAGAAGAAUCAACCCAGAUCAACCAGUUUGGUCAAGCUGCAGGUGCUCUGAUCCACAGCAUUCGGGAAAUAGCCCAAUCCUAUCAGGACAUGGAACAGGAGCUUGCCCAUGCUGUCAAUGCCAGCUCCAAGUCUAUGGACAAAGUCUACGCUAAAUCCAAGUCUACAGAGGGUCUGAACUGCAGCCUUGUUGUAGAGAUGGUGAAUAAUGUCAAAGCCCUGCAUAAUGAGACAGAGCUGCUGCUGGCAGGCAAGAUGGCGCUGGAAUUAGAUCCUCCACAGAAGGAGCAGCUCCAAGCAGCCCUGGCAGACAUGGACCUCCAGCUGAGGAAACUGGCAGACAUCCCAUGGCUGUGGCAGCUUAUGGAGCCCUGUGAUGAGGAGAACCAGAUGCUGGAUUAUUCUAAACGCAGCCGCAGUGGCAAAUUCCGGCUGGUGACCAAGUUUAAAAAGGAGAAGAACAACAAAAAUAAGGAGACUCAUAGUAGCAUGGGAUUGCCGGUUCACCUCUGGGGAACGGAGGAGGUUGCGGCCUGGCUUGAGCAUCUCAGUCUUUGUGAGUAUAAGGAUAUCUUCAUCCGGCAUGACGUCCGGGGCUCUGAGCUCCUGCAACUCGAACGGAGGGACCUCAAGGACCUGGGUGUGACCAAAGUGGGUCACAUGAAGAGGAUACUGCACGGGAUCAAGGAGCUGAGCCGGAGUACUCCUGCCAGCGAGGUUUAGCCUCUGUUUUCACAGCCUGUGUCUACCAUUCCCCCUAACUGCACAGCAGUCACCUCACAGAGCAGAUGUGCUCACAACUGUCUCUACUGAACAGCCAAAUUGUAGCUGUUCAGAGCUCAUAUCAACCAAGCAUGGUGCUACCUUUCUUCCUGUGGGGUACGGCUGCAUCCAGUCGAGAGGCACCUUAUCUGCAGUCAGGCAGAGCCUCCCAGAAGAGAACUCACUUGCUUUUGAAGAACCAUGUCCUCCGAUGUGGGAAGUUCUGGUUCCAGUGACAGUGCAGGACUCCUGAGAAUUGCAACACAGCUACCUUUACUGGAUAACUUCAUCACAUUAGAAUUAUUCAGGGCAAAAAAUAUAUUGGCCAGUCUUAGUUCAGGAGCAUCUGACAGUCUUUUCAGACCCAAAACUUCUCUGCUCAUCUGUGUGUCACACCUGUAUCUUAGAGCAUUUAAGUGGGACAAAGCUUGUCCUUGUGUUUUACUAAUCCCUUUUUCAUCCACCUGUAGUUGCAUGUGAUUUGCAUCAGAAAUUCAAAGCCAGUACAGACCUCUUGCUGAUGAAUACCCAGUGAUUCUCACUCACUUAUGCCUUGCAACAAACAAUGCAUGUAUUUCAAACAGUGGUUUGCACCAGUUUGUGGGGUCUUCUGCUGGGCCUCUUCCAGCCAGUGGCAAUGGUACAACCUUUAGGUUUUCAGGCAUCACAAACAAUUGUUCAGAAAUUCCUGGCAGUAAGAAAAGACAAAAUUCUGGAGAGCCAAAAGAUUACAGGAGAUCAGCUCUGACAUUCUCCCCUCUGAAUUCAUCUUCAGGAGACCAGAUAAAAGGGAGAGGAACGCUAACUAGCUGUUUGGGCUGUGUGAGAAAUGUAAUGUAAAAUGGAAUGAGAUGCAGAGCAAUUUGCUCUGUCUUGGUCAGGGGAGCAGCAUGACUGGCAAUGGCCAGGAGUGGCUUCCUACCCAUUUAGUGCCACCUUCAUGGCCACAGACAACAGAGCUGUUUCUUUACUUCAACUUGCAGUGCAGAAAACUAUUUCUGUCACAAAAGGUAUGAUUUAUCUGUAGUACUUGCAUCUUUUCACCUGUCUUGGUUCUAGUGGCUUUUCCACCUUACUACUCUCUCUUGCUGCCUUGCUUCUUCACUCCAAGGUGGAUACCAAAAGCUUAGGGUGGCUCAGCCCUCCUGGGUUGUACCCCUGACAGAGCUAUCGUGUGCUGUCAAACAUCAGGGCUUCUAUAAGGGCACUGAGAGAAGGAGGAUUGUUACUGAGCAGAUGAGCAUCAUAAUGAAAACUGGAGUAUGUUGGUAAAUUGCCUUUGGUACCACCAGCAGUGGAGCAUGGAAAAAUUAGUGCCUCUGAAUCAGAGUUCCUAGAUGGCCUUCAAAUUUCCACUGUAUUGCCUGACCUCGGUCAGGUGACUGUUAAAGCCCGAAGACCAGCAUGCAUAGUUGUAUUGCCAUGUUUAUCACUGCAAAGGGAAUUUGGGAACAUUCUGUAAAGCUGGAGAAACAGCAGGAAUUUUUAAUUACUUUAUCAUUUUGUAUGUAUUUAUUUUUUUUAUUAUUACAGAGUGGCACCUGUCUGGCUAUGGCUGCAGACAGAAAAAUGGCCACAUAUACAGUGGCAUAAAAGAUAAUUUCCUGAGGACAUCGUUCUUCUUUGUUAUUUGUAAGGAUUUUAUCAAAUUGACAUCAGCUCUCUAGUCUAGCAACAGUCAGUCAAGUUAUUUUAUGUAACGACUUGUCAGCUUAAAAAGGUUAUGGGCUGAUUUCAUGUUAUGCAGACUCCAUUACAUUCUUUAAGAUUUCACCAAGGAUUAUUCUGACACUAUCUGUCUUUAGCUAGUUGUCAUUCACCCACGUUUCCUCUCGGCCUAGCAAGUGGCAGGGUUUGCUCAUGAGAAUUUAACAGAAGACUAAACAUGCUUGAUCCAGCUAGCAAAAUUUCUCUUAUAAAUACUGCGGGGACUGAGCAAGAAAUAUGUUCAGCUUUGCUCUGAAUUUGUUUCUGCUAUCUAUACAUUGGCAAUUGCUUGCAUAGCGACAUUUUUUCUUUAUCAGUACAGCCCCCCUGCCACUGUAUUGAAUUCCUGAGGUAUCAGAUGAGUAAGAAUUGUAGACAUAUUGUGUUCUCCCACUUGCUCGCUGAGGCACAGAGCAGCGUCUGCAUGAGAAUGAGGAGAAACCUCCACUAAGGAGAGCUCCAGGAUGCAGCCAUGCUCGCUGGUGACAGUAAGGUGCAGCCCACUGCCUGUCCCCAGGAGUGUUGCAUGGUUAGGACAUUCGCGUGCCUGCUGAGGAGAGAGCAGCAGGGAGCACAAGGCAGGUGAUAACUCUGAAGAAGAGGCGAGAUCUGUGUUUGUUCCUGUACAUGGUGCAGAAGCUGUUCUUGCUGUGAAGUUUCUCCAGGCAUCCUCAUGGUUAAAAAUGCAUAAACAAUAUGUACUUGCCUUGCUUGCAUAAUUCCUGGGGGGUUAAAUUCUUGCCUCAAUAGAAGCAGCUCCUCUCUACUCUUCCUGCUCAGAGUAACAGGGGAAUCCAAAGAGUUUAUGGAUUCAGGCAUGUUCCUUAAUUUGUGCCAGAUCUGUAGAGGCUUGAUGGCCAUUAGCCAUCUGCUAUGAGCGAUGAUGCCUGCACAGACCAAUGUUCAUUUCUUUUAUGAUAUGUCAUGUUGAGGGGUUCAGAUCCUUUUUGUGUAUGUGCACAUUUUAUCAAAGGGUUCAUAGCCAGUAUAUUCCUGUCUGUUGCUUACUGGAGGCAGGGAGGGAGUUCUACCUUCUUUUAAGAGCUAGAAAAUGGGAUCAAUCCACAUUUAACCUGAGUGCCUUUGAAUAUCUAUUAAGGUUUAUAUCUAAUUAAAAGGGUCAUAGCUCUGUGUGUCUCACUGGGAAUAAUGCAAAUUUCUGUUGAAGAGAUUUUGUGACUAAAUGAGGACAGUUCGUGUCAAACGUCAGUGGGAGUUAUCUGCAAAGUAGGGAGCCAGGCUGAACUUCUGGCUACAUUAUUCCAAGUUCCUCUUCUGGCAUCUGAUAAUUUUUUGUGGGAGAGAAACACAGGAAAGACAAUUAGUAACAAAAAUCUGCUGCUUUGCCAAAAAAGAGACUCUCCUGCAGUCUCAGGUAAAACAUCAGCUUGAGAGAAGCUAGAACUGCACAUACCACGCAUAUGUUUAGUCUCUUAAAAAAUGCUACUCAUGUGAAAGCUGUGUGGCACCUUCUGUUUAUCAUCCCUCACCCUUGGCAGUGAUGCUGGGGCAGUGUCUGCAGUGAGCUGGGCAUAUGGUUUCUUCUGCUAGGAAGAGGUUUCAGUACAUUGUUUCACAUUCUGGCACUGCCCUGGAUAUUUAACUUUAAUGGCAGAUUCCAGAGAUAAUGUACCCUGUGUUAGGAUGUUUUGGUUCAGUGGGAGUGCAUGCAAUGGAGGCUUGAGGGAGGUUUGGCCCGUGAAGCAGCUAUCGGUGGCGUCCUGCUCUGGGCUACCUUUGGGAGGGCUGUUAGCACUGAUGCAGUCUUUCUGGUUUUGCUUGUGGGAUCUUAGUGCUGAGAGCAGGUGUCCCCUGCUGCAGCAGGAGCCUGCUCUUUGCAGCAGAGGGGAGCUGUGCUGCUUGGUGCCCGGAGGUGCCGGCCUGGCCAGGCCACACAAGAGUUGGGCACCCGGGAGCCUCCAGCUCUGCUGAGGCCUUCAGUGCCAGUCCUGGGAAUGUUUCUGCACCCAAAUCGUAUGGAAAGCUUUGUUCAUUGUUUUAGUAUUAUUUAAAAAUGUGCAUACUAUCUAUGUGAUUUUAAAAAAGACUGUUUACACGAAAUAUUUUGUAUCUUAAGAUGCGUGUACUGUAAAAAGCAAAAAAAAAAAAAGGAAAGGAUGAAAAAAGAUGUUUUUCUACAACUGUCAGCAGUGACUGCAUGUCUAGAUCAUCGUCCACCGAUUGUUGUUCCUCAGGGGUCUCCCCGCCAUUCCUGUGAUCCUGUCAAAAGCAUAGGGAAGCAAGUGAAUCCCUGUGCAGUCUUGGGAAGAAGGUUUUGUGCCUUAAGAAUGGGACCUGCUUCCCUGCUAUUUAUUAUGUUAAUUUAUACAGUGAUUACCAUGGAAAUGUCUCUUGUAUUUUUUUUGUACAUAGUUUACUGUUGAUUGUUGUAAAUAAGUUUUUUCUUGUAUAUAAAGUAAACAUGUUUCUGAGCUUCCAGUAAA